AUGGAGGAAAAUUCUGAAAAUUCUCAAGGAUUGAAUACAUCAAUUACUCAAGAUAAUGAUAACCUUUUCAUCAAAAGCGAAAUUUAUAAAGCUAAUAGCGUCAAAUCUUUAAAUUCGAAUAAUAAUACUUCAAGUGAUACCGCACCUUUAAGAGUUUUAAAACAAAUACAAGGAGAUGAAGAAUAUAUGAUUGAGUUGGAGUUAAAUCAAGGUGGUAACAAUAUGCGAUGUUACAAUUUCGAGGAAGAAGUUCCGGAAUUGCCUGAUGAUUUGGUCGUUGGUAAUGAAAAUAAUUCUGGUUCAAAGGAACGUGGCUUACAUAAUAUAAAAGAAAUUGGUCCCGAUUUAAUUCUCACAAUCUUAUCAAUCGUCCUUUUGUUUGCUUUUUGCAUAUAUGGCAUGUUAAAAAGCGACAUAUAUCAAAUUCGAUUCACCACAACUUUGAUUGAAGCAACUUUGAUAUUAUUGAUAUGUAUAUUUAAUGUAUUUAUCUAUAUCAAAGAAAAACAGCUGGGUUUAAACGAGAUUAAUGAACGUGCCCAACAUAUAUUAGACCAAUUGAAGCAGAGUGACAUGAACACAAUACAGAACAUUAAAAUUCCAUUCGUUCCUUCACUCACGGUAGCAAAAGUCGUCCGUGAUGGUGUGGUUCGUAGCUUCCCUACGACUUUAUUAGUAGAAGGUGACGUUGUUGAAAUGUUGUAUGGUGACGUGGCACCAUGUAAGAUGAUGUUAAUACAAAAAGGACCUUCCUCGAGUGUCUCUUCCAAUAAUAUUUUGGAAGCUAGUCAUGUGUUUAAACCGUCAUUAUUCAAUGAUAUGACAUCAAAAGAAGUAUGGGAACAACAUGUUCAAAAUAGGGGAAGAUAUCAAUUUGUUCUCUUGGAAACUCCUUGGGCUAACAGUUUAAAGGCCGCAUUAGUUCAAGAAAGACCUGCUACAAUUAUAUAUAACCAAGUAGAUGUUUUACGAAAAUUCUUUUAUCGAAUACUUUUCUUUGUGUUUGGACUGGCUGUUGGGAUCAACCUGUUUAGGUUUAUUUUAAAAGAGGCUAUCUCAAAAAAUGGACAUUUAGAUCAAGCUUUUGAACUUUUGGUAGUGCUUCCUAUAUAUGCUAUACUCCCAAUUAUACCAUUGCCUUUUCCUACGCUUUGGCUGAUUGUUCGUAGUUUCUCGAACGCUACGCUGCUCGUAUUAUUUGAAACUUUACAAAUUUCUGAUACCGGGUAUGAAGACGAUGAUGAAGUAGAUGAAUUUGAUGCUGAGGCUCCCCCACCAACAAAAAAUGUGCACAUCGAUAGCGGUGCUUUAUGGAAUAAGUUCAGAUAUUUACUCACGAAAUGGGAUGGAACGUCGCUGACAAGAUCAACGAAUUUGUUUGAGUCACUUGGAAGCACCACAAUUAUUUGUUCUAUUGAUAGAGAAGGGACAAUUUCAUCUCCGUUUGCCUCGGUUGAUCAAAUAUAUUUCCCUAAUGCAAAUGAAGAUCAUACUCUACUUGAUAUCGCUGAAGAUCCGAGCACCGAAUUCGGUGUUAAAUUUGAAGAUCAAGAUUGGAAUCAGCACUUAUCUCGGUUAAAACCUUUGGGACUCAAUCUUCUAUUAAACACUAAUUGUGGUGUUUUAAAAGGUCGAAAACGCGAACAUCAACAUCGUAAAUAUUCAAGUUUUUGUAUUCAUACAAAGUCAAAGCCAGCACGACAAUCGUGUUUGUGUCGCCUGGGUAGAGAAAUAGGUUUUACGGAUGAUGCUCUUAAUGCAUUUGCAAAGAAAAAAGAGAUUUUUACUAGUGCCCCAUGUCAUCCUUCAUUACAGGAACGAAUAAGGAAUGACCAGUGGGAAGUGCCCAGCAUGGUUUCUUCUAUUUAUGAAGAAGAAGGACAAAGCGGAUAUCAAUUGCUUUCUGACGGCAACAUUGAAAUUAUACUCGAUAACUGUUCUGAUUUUUGGGAUGGUCAAAGAUUACAAGCCAUGAGUGAAGAGAUUGAGAAUAAGAUUUAUGAUUUUUAUGAGAAUUCCGUAAUAAAUGAUAUGCAAUGUAUUGCAUACGCGUAUCGACCUAUAAAUGUUGAAAAUCACAAAAGAAUUCCAUUUUUGAAAGAUUCGCCUAAUGAGACAUGUGGAACCUACAUUGUUUUACCAAACCCUCCUGAAAUAGAUCAAAUUGCUGAGGAAGAAGAAAAUGAUGAUCUUGAUCUUUCUUUAUCACAAAUAGUUAGGCUUAAAAGAUUGAAGGCCGAUCAAUUGGAAGCUAAGCUGCAUGAUUUUUUGUUUGAUGAGAAUACAAUUUCGUCACAAGACGAGGAGAGAUUUUAUCAUGAAGUUAUUCAGGGACAGAUUUUUCUGGCGAUGGCCACACUUUGUCACCAGCCUAAAUUGGAUGUGUGCAAUUUUAUUGAGGAUUUAAAUUCUGCUGGCAUCCGAUUUGUUUACUUUUCUCCAACAGCUGAGAGGGAAAGCAAAGCUUAUGGUGAACGACUUGGACUUGAAACAGAUUGGAACAGUUGUAUACUUUUAUCAUCGCCAGGUGAUGAAAAUUCAUUCGGUGACGGGUAUUUAGAAUCUCAUGAUAUUAAAGCACGCCUUCCCCGUGGAAUAGAUAAUAUAAGAGAACAUCUAGAAGAGGUGGACGAUAUUCCAUUACACGUGUCGUUAUUUGCAGAAUGCACUCCCGAGACGACACGUGAGAUGAUUAAAAUAUUUCAAGAUUAUGGAGAAGUUGUUUGUUGUAUUGGAAGUGCAUUAAAUGCUUCAAAUACUCAUUCGUUUGCUGUUGCAGAUGUGAGUGUCGCUAUGGAGCCGACACAUACUAAAGCACAAACAAGAAACGGGUUAUGUCAUUAUAAUGGUAAUAUUGAUAAAGGACAAUCUCCAAUGGCCCUUGGCGCUGCUUUUACCACCUUACCAUGUGGGUUAUUCAUGCAUUAUGAUACUAGCCUGUAUGCAUUAACUGACGUUAUAAGGGAAGCCAGAAGAUUAAUUAACUGCCUGAAAAUGGGAAUUGCUUUUAUGCUAGGAACUUAUUUAUCAAUAUCCAUGCUCUUGUUAUUCUCGUAUAUUUUAUUUCUUCCACCUGCACUUACUGGAUAUCAUAUAUUAUGGAUUACUUGGAUAAUUUCCCCUAUAUUAGCGUUUUCUUUUUUAUUUAAUCCACAUGAAGCUGAUACUAUGACAACUAUGACAGUCAAGAACAUAGAACACCUCAAGGAUUUGAAUAGAUUUUUGGUAUAUUGGUUCUUGAGAUUCAUUUUACCUGUAUUAAUGUGUCUCACGGUUUUUUCUGGAUGUUUAUACUUUUUAAAUGGUACGUUAACUAAUGAUCCUGAUGAAUCUAUAAUAUUUGGGUCUUAUGGAAGAGAUGGAUGGUUGAGAUGGAAAUAUGAGCAGCAAUGGGUUGUAUUAUAUUCGCAAAACUUCACAUUAUUCAUAUUUGUGUGGUAUAUAAGUAUGUUAUCAUCCACAUUUGUUCAUCGAACGUUAUCUUUAAGACAAUUUCUUCCGUUUAAGAAUAAAAUUUGGAUAUUAUCUGUGAUUAUAAGUUUAAUCUUUCAAGCGAUUUUCACUACCGUAUCAUUACUACCAGGACCACUUUCAACGCUUAAAGAAAUUCCAUAUUAUAUUUAUCUCAUCGGAUUCUUAUCACCUAUAAUUUUUAUACCAAUACAAGAAUUGGUGAAAAUACAUGAUAGAAAAGAAUACACGAGAUUUCAAAAGAGAUCAAAAUUGGAAUUUAACACCAAAUUGGGCAUGCAUUCCCCUGUAUAG